GCGGGCGGAGGCAGAGGCGGCCACGCCUAUGCCCGGCGCGCUCGCGGGGAAAGGAGCAGGUGAACGCGGGUGGCGGCAGGCGCGGCCGGGAGCGGAGCGAAGGGAGGAAGGAAGGAAGAAAGGAAGGAGCAGGACAGAGGGGCGCUUCCAGAGCCGGAGCCAUGCUUGCCAACGCUGCCACCAUGCGGAUCCUCAUCAAGGGGGGGAAGGUCGUGAAUGAUGAUUGCACCUUGGAGGCCGACGUCUACAUCGAGAAUGGCAUCAUCCAGCAGGUGGGCCGGGAGCUGAUGAUCCCCGGCGGGGCCAAGGUCAUUGAUGCCACGGGCAAACUGGUCAUCCCAGGGGGCAUCGACACCAGCACCCAUUUCCACCAGACCUUCAUGAAUGCCACCUGCAUCGAUGACUUCUAUCAUGGCACCAAGGCCGCCCUUGUUGGGGGGACCACCAUGGUGAUCGGGCACGUGCUUCCAGACAAGGAUAUCUCCCUGCUCGAUGCUUACGAAAAGUGCCGCAGCCUGGCCGACCCCAAAGUGUGCUGUGACUAUUCCCUGCAUAUGGGCAUCACUUGGUGGGCACCAAAGGUCAAGUCCGAAAUGGAGACCUUGGUGCGGGAGAAGGGGGUCAACUCCUUCCAGAUGUUCAUGACCUACAAGGACUCUUACAUGCUGCGGGACAGCGAGCUCUACCAGGUCUUCCGUGCUUGCAAAGACAUCGGAGCCAUUGCCCGCGUCCAUGCUGAGAACGGCGAGUUGGUGGCCGAGGGGGGCAGGGAGGCCUUGGACCUGGGCAUCACGGGCCCGGAGGGAAUCGAGAUCAGCCGGCCAGAGGAGUUGGAAGCUGAAGCUACGCAUCGUGUCAUCACCAUUGCUAACCGGACUCACUGCCCUGUCUAUCUGGUCAACGUUUCCAGUAUGUCCGCCGGAGAUGUCAUUGCCACGGCCAAGAUGCAAGGGAAAGUGGUUUAUGCAGAGACCACCACGGCACACUCCACCCUGACCGGCUUGCACUACUACCACCAGGACUGGUCCCACGCAGCAGCCUACGUGACGGUGCCUCCCUUGCGGCUGGACACCAACACCUCCACCUACCUCAUGAGCUUGCUUGCCAAUGACACAAUAAACGUUGUGGCCUCUGACCACCGAGCUUUCACCACCAAGCAGAAGGCCAUGGGCAAGGAGGACUUCACUAAGAUCCCGCACGGAGUCAGUGGUGUGCAGGACCGCAUGGCCGUCAUCUGGGAACGUGGCGUGGUUGGGGGCAAGAUGGACGAGAACCGCUUUGUCGCCAUCACCAGCUCCAACGCAGCCAAGAUACACAACCUGUACCCCCGUAAGGGACGCAUCAUCCCCGGAGCCGACGCCGAUGUGGUGGUUUGGGAUCCUGAGGCCACAAAGACCAUCUCAGCCAGCACCCAGGUCCAGGGCGGUGACAUUAACCUGUAUGAGAACAUGCGCUGCCACGGGGUGCCCCUGGUCACCAUCAGCCAUGGGCGUGUGGUCUACGAGAACGGCGUCUUCAUGUGUGCUGAGGGCACCGGCAAGUUCUGCCCGCUCCGCUCCUUCCCAGACUCUGUGUACAAGAAGCUGGUGCAGCGGGAAAAGAGUUUAAAGCUUAAGAGUGUGGACCGCACCCCAUACCUGGGGGACGUGGCCGUGGUUGUGCACGCAGGGAAAAAAGAGACGGGGACGCCUCUUGCAGACACCCCCACCCGGCCGGCCACGAGACACGGGGGCAUGAGGGACCUCCACGAGUCCGGCUUCAGCCUUUCCGGUUCUCAAAUCGAUGACCAUGUUCCAAAGCGAGCUUCGGCCCGGAUUCUCGCUCCCCCCGGAGGCAGGUCUAGCGGCAUUUGGUAGCUGCCCCGAAGACUUGUCCCCCAACUAAGGACACGGUCAUCACCGCCCCCACUUUGCCCGGCUGCCCACCCACCCGCCCACUCACGCCCCGCACCCUGUGCGCUCGAGGCGGCCGUGCCUUCCUCCACCGGAGCCACCCAACAACAACCGGCAGGCGCCCAAUGCCCAGAGGACCCUCCCCAGGAGUGAGGAUGAGAGGGUGGGCCGGAGCCCCCUCCUCAGCCCAACACGGCUGCAAUGAACGCAGGGGGGCGCUGAGGCGGGAGGGAAUGAGGGACGGCCCCCUGCCUCUUUCCAGCAGAGAGUGGGGGGCUCCCACUCCCCAAAUGCUGCGGGGCGAGGGAGGCCGGCCUGGGGAGGGGGCUGGGCCGAGGGGGCCUAUCUGUGCUGGUUCCUUUCUGUUUUGCACGUUGGGUUUUUUUUGGAUCAGUGACAUUUGACUUGUUUGUGCAUCACGUGGGAAACAAAAAGAAUUACCGAAAUAUGAUGGUUUGUGUGGCUAGCAGUAGGAUAGAAGAUGAGGAGGCCCAGGGCAGAGGGGACGGGCACCCCACUCACCCCCCACCCACUUCCAAGCAAUGCCCGCCUUAGCCGGCCAUGCUGCGUGGAUGGAUGGAUGGAUGGAUGGAGGGGUUUCCGCUGAGUUUUGCCAGAAGAGCUGCCCCCCACUCCCUCCCCAUCUUCUCCCUCGUCCUCUCCCUCAUGGGGCUCGCUGUGGGUUUCUUCCACCCCUUCCUCCCAGCGGCCUCGAUAUUCCUACUUGAAGGACGGCAAAGCUGAGAGGGUGUCCCCUCCCUCACCCCCACCCCCUGCAUCUCUGUUCAGCUGUGGGAAGUUGGGAUGGUUGCCUAAUGGUUAUAGUAGGAGGUGACUGGGAGCAAGAGCUCUUCCUCUUCCUUCCUUCUCUUUCUUCUCCUUGGCCAGCCUCCUCUCAGGGCCAGGGUUUCGUUCUCUGACCCUUUCUUGGAGCGCCAGGCACGAGGGCACCCCAAAGACCCUCCGCUCCCUGCCCUUUCUGAAGCCACAGAGUCCCAGGACACGGCCAGUGGGUCAGUCUCAGCAGUGUGUGUGUGGGGUCAAGAGUGGGAGACAGGCUACUGUGACCCUUCAGCCAUGCCCUCUUUGCCCCAGAUGCUGGUCCUUGCAGAUAUAGCCUGUAGAAACCAAGGUUAAGGUCUGAGGAGGGCAGAGGACUGAAGACCACGUUUCCAGCACCACAGCAUCCCACCUUUCUCUGUGCAUGUUUGUUGCCAGGGAUGGGUUGCGGUAAAGCCGAUCUUCCACCUUUACCUCCAGUAUUGUAGUGAGACAGAGUCCCUCUCCUGCACUGGCUGGAGCUUGGUCUAGAUGGCCUUUGGGUGCCUCUUUCCGUACCAUGAUUCUGUGAUUCCGGGAGCAAAGACAGAGAAUGCCCAUGGGGAUGCUGCCCCCCAGCAUGCUCUGGUUCUCCAAGCCCCCCAUCUCCUUCCAACAUGAUGGUGCUAACCCCUUGCUGCCCCUCCCCGACUCUGGCCAAAGGAGCCCGCCCCUACCCCCACCCCAUUCCGGACCGACCCCCUGCCCACCGGGUCUCCCUCUGACGUAGUGUGAAAAUGUGAGCUGUUUCUUGUGCACCUCCUCCCCCCACUAGUUGGUUCCCGUAGGUGUGUGAGGCCAGGUGGCCCCGGCGCGACGGAGUCCUCGGCUCCCAGGACCGCAGAGGAGGACUCGGCUUCGGAGCGCAGCCUCCCCCUCCCCUUGUUACAUGUUGGAAUAGUCUUGUAAUGGCUGUUUUUAGCACCUGCCGUGCGUUUUCUGUUCCUCAUUAAAGAGAGUUCUCACGAUAACGACAA